AUGGAGCGCAGGUCUGCUAAAACGCCCAGGGGCCUUCUAAAGAUUGGGCAGAACGGGCAGUGUCACUGGCUUAAGAAGUAUGUUGUGAAAGAGCCUGAGAAACCCGUGUCAGUGAUUGAGGGCUCAGGCUCAGUAACUAGGGGAUACCGUCUCUUCCAGAGCGCGGAGAGCUGGAGUGUAACAUCUGCUACCGGCCUUUCAACCUCGGGGACCGCGCGCCCCGCCGCCUGCCCGGGACGGCGCGCACCCGCUGCGGCCACACGCUCUGUACCGCGUGCCUGCGCGAGCUGGCGGCGCGCGGCGACGGUGGCGGGGCGGCGGCGCGCGUGGUACGCCUGCGCCGCCUCGUCACGUGCCCCUUCUGUCGCGCGCCCACCCCGCUACCGCGCGGUGGGGUCGCGGAGAUCUCUGUCGACCCGGACUUAUGGUCGCGUUUGGAGGCAAAAGUCAGGCGCGAAUCCUAUGAGGCGGGUGGCGACGCGAACCGAGAGGCCGAUGACGAGGAAAAGGAGAGCGAGAAAGGGGCGGGGCCUAGGAGCGCAGGGUGGCGCGCGCUCCGGCGGCUCUGGGCCCGGGUGCUGGUGCCCGCGCGCGGGUGGCGGCGCCCGCUGCCUAGCAACGUGCUGUACUGUCCAGAGGUCAAGGACUUGGCCCACAUGACCCGCUGCACGCAGUAACCGGGUAACUCUGAAGCUAUGGAAGAAGAAAGGUGGGAGCUGUGUUCUCGGGGGCGCGCUGUAGUACAGUGGUCUGAUGCCAAGACUAUCACCCGUCACAUCCUGGAUUGGCAUGGAUGAGGGAGGUGAGCCAAGGGCAGGAGGGAACACCCUGGGAGGUGUUAAUACUGCGCUGCAGAGGCUUCCAGGCGAAUCGCCCCCGUCUACUGACUGUGCCAGCCUUGCGUAUUCAGGAUGGAGUGGCUUAGGGAUGAUGGAAACAGUCUCCGUUCUCGGGGGAAGAAGACAGACUGUUUCCCUAGCUGUGACUUUGGCUUUUCUCCAGGGCAGCUCUGGUGUGUGGGAGCAACAGGUCCCAUUUUAGCAAUUCUGUGUCAAUGAUUUUAAAGAUGGAACAGGAGAGAAGAGGCCGAUUUUCAUGUCGUGUUAAUCUCACUUCUCUAGCACUUAAGAGAAGUGAGAAAAAUACACUGUACCCACUCUACCCUCCUCCACUGGUAUGCCUACUGUUUCCCCAUCCCCAGUACUGUUUCUAAAAUUAUCAAGAUGCAUCCCUACCUAUGAGGUUAGGAGCCUUGCUUCAUUUCAGAAUCUCCCUUUAACCAGUUAGGUCAGGCAUGAGAAGGUCCAAAGGGCAUUUAUCUGAGUCAGCUCAUAAGUGCUUAUCAAGGAGAGGCUCGAGUGCCAUCUGGCAAAGGCAUUGAAUAGUAAACCUUUGAUACUAUCUAUGUUAUCGUUACAGUCCCAAGGAAAGAGUCACUACUGAAAAAAGAUGCUCAUAAUACAGUUUUAAACUUGUGUCCCACAAUUGGACUUAACCAAAUUUUAGGGUGUGAGUUUUAGUUAAAAAUCCUGUUAAUCUCUCAUGAUAGUAUAGUUAGAGUCAAGGACCAACAGCAUCAGCAUCACUGGGAGCUUGUUGCAAGUACCGAAUCUCAGGAUUUCAGUUUAGACUGACUGACUUGGACUCUGCAUUUUACCAGGAAUCCCAGGUGAUCCAUUUAAAUAAAAAUUUAAGAAGCACUGGUCCAGGUUCUAGACUAUCUAGGAUAUCACCAUCUGUGGUUGGAAUAUUUAAAACCCAACUGAUAGAAAUGAUUUAGUUUUAUUCAAGGUUCCUAAAGUGACACUCUUAUUAACUGAAGAAAUUUAAACUUUGUGUCCAUAGUUUACUGUGUUGAAUUUUCCUCAGUUUUAAGAAUGUGAACUUACUAAUAAACCUCAAUUAUUCUAA